AUGAGCAAUUCUAAUGAUUCUACAACAGCAAUAAGUGUCGAAGGAUCUAUUCCUGCUGCUUCAAAUAGUAAUGAAGAUAUUAUUAAUAUCAAUAAACCAAUUCGUUUAUCUUCUCUUCCUUUAAUGUCCUUAGAACAAGCAAAAUUAUUUGCUUGUCAUAUUGAAAACUUGUAUGAACAAUCUCUAAAUGAUAAAACUGUUUGUCCAAUUGAAAUAAUUUAUGAAAAAGUUCUAAUGAAAAAUGCAGAAACUAAACAAGAAGAAAUUAAAUUUGACGAAUAUAGAGUUUAUAUUCCUAAUGGAGAUACAAAAUAUGAUCGAGAAAAAUGGCGUUCAGAAACAAUUCAAAAAGGAGAAACUCUUUGCACUUAUGAACUUCAAAAUCAAGAAGCUGAUUCAAAAUUAUCAGAAGAAGACAAAGGAUAUAAAUUCUCUGUUAGAUUAACUGGAUAUCAAAUUGGUAAAGGUCAUAUGUAUAAAUCAGAAUUAAUUAAUUACUUAACAAAAUUUUGUGUUUGUCCGGUUAUAUUUAAGCAAACUGAUAAUAACAAAAUAGAAUUAUUUCAUAGAAAUUUAAUUAUUCAAAAUGAAGAUUACACAAAUUUAGACCUAUAUGGAUUCCAAUCAUAG